GCUGCCAGAUGCCUGCGCGCUCACGUCUGCAUCAGCGGACAAGUUGAGAAGCGAGGAGUGUUCAUGGCUGCUCGGGCAUAUGGCAGGCGGGAACUGGCUGCUUCGGGCUUUGGCCGCAUUACUUCCACUUACCAUUAACAGGAUCGUAUCUACAAACGUCUUUGUGUGUGGAAAAAUGACCCGCUUCGCAGGGUGAUCGCUUUGACAAGCUGUAUGUCUCAACGAUCUGGGCGAAUUUAGUUCAUAAAAUGUCGUGCGGGUUCCAGUUGGCUUUCAGGCGCAGGCUCAAGAUGGAUGAACGCGGAAACUGCCCUCCCUUCAGUCUGAACACUUUAAUCAGGUGUCUGUCUCUUCAUAAUGUCAGAAACUGUAAAGUAUGUUGAUGAUGAACACAAAACAGUUUUUCUGAAGAUACUGAAUGAGCAGAGGCUAGAAGGAGAAUACUGUGAUAUUGCAGUAGUUGUGGAAGAUGUCAAGUUUCGGGCACACAGAUGUGUGUUAGCAGCCUGCAGCAAUUACUUCAAAAAGCUAUUUAAAAAACACGACGUGGACAAUUCAUCUGUCAUAGAAAUUGAUUUCCUGCGCUCAGAUAUAUUUGAGGAAGUGUUAAACUACAUGUACACAGCCAAAAUUUCUGUGAAGAAGGAGGACGUCAAUCUAAUGAUGUCAUCAGGACAGAUACUAGGCAUUAGGUUUUUGGAUAAACUUUGCACACAGAAACGGGAUUCUUCUUCUCCCGAAGAAAAGGGUGACCACAGAAAGUCCAAGUUUACUUAUGAUGUGGAUAAAAUGGCCCUUCCAGGAGCAGAUGCACAUGAAAACCAAGAUGAUGAUGUAGAGGUACUUGGAGACCAGGAUGACAGUCCAUCUGAUGAUGCUGCUGAAGAAGCGCCACCAAAUCCUGAAGGUGAAAAAUCCCCACAAACUACCCUCAGGGUCCAGGAGGCCAUUCUUAAAGAGCUCAGCAGUGAAGAAGUUCACAAAGUUAGUUGUUAUGGCCAAGAUGUAGAAGGUAUGGAAACAGAGCCUAAGGAUAUGGGCUCUCAAACCCCUCAAACUCUGACCUUUGCUGACAGCAUAAGUGAUGUCAAAGAUGAGCAGCCACCAGGAUGGACAACUGCUGCAAGUGACAUGAAGUUUGAGUAUUUACUGUAUGGCCACAGGGAGCAGCUUUCUUGUCAAAUUUGUGGAAAGACUUUCAUUGAUGAGAGCCGGUUGAGGAAGCAUGAAAAACUGCAUUCUGCUGAUCGCCCUUUUAUCUGUGAGAUGUGUAACAAAGCUUUCACUACACAUGCACAUUUAAAGGAACAUCUUAAAAUUCAUGCGGGCUAUAAACCAUAUAGAUGUGACGUUUGUGGGAAGUCCUUCAUUCGUGCACCAGAUCUCAAGAAACACGAGAGAGUCCACAGUAAUGAACGGCCUUUCGGGUGUCAAAUGUGUGACAAAGCAUUUAAGCACAAGUCCCACUUGAAAGACCAUGAGCGUCGGCACAGAGGAGAAAAGCCCUUCGUUUGCAGCUCUUGUACCAAGGCCUUUGCAAAAGCUUCUGAUCUGAAAAGGCAUGAGAACAACAUGCAUAACGAACGCAAGCAGGUUCCAACCAGUGGCAUUCAAAGUGAAACAGAUCAGCUGCAAGCUGCAGCAAUGGCAGCUGAAGCAGAGCAACAGCUAGAAACUAUUGCUUGCACAUGAAAAGACCCAGUUUAGCGUGGAGCCUCAGGUCGCAGGAAAAGAUGCUGCAGUGAUACUGUUUUUGUUCGGAACUGUUUUAUUGUGUGUACAGGUUUUAUGAAAAUUUUAGUGUAAUCUUAAAAGAAAAAGCCUCCAAUGUGAGAGUGGUUUUGUAUAAAUGUUAAAAUGAACUGAUAAUUAUACAUUAAGCAUUUUCACUUCAUUUGCUUGACAGGUAUAAAAUAUUUGUGUGUUUAGUAUUUUAGCUGUGAAAUUUGAUUAAAACUGAAAAGGCAUCUGUUUUAAUCCUAAAAUCUGUAAAGUUUUCUUAAGGAGUUACUUCAUUUCUCCUAAAUCAGGGGUCUGCAACCUUCACUAUGAAAAGAGCCAUUUUGCCCCCCCUUCCUCCAAAGAAAAAUAGUCUGGAGCCGCAAAACAUAACACAGCUUAUAAACUUUUAAAAGUUUUAAUCUUCUUUUAGAUUUUACAUGUUACAACCACGGAAUACAACAAACAGAAGUGCAGUGUGCAUGUGUAGGCCUACUUUGAAAUAAAUUAAACUGAACUAUGCAGGCCUAUUUGGGUCCUUCCUAUACCUGUGUAAAAUUAAAAUAAAAACUAGCCCACUUUAAUAUAAAUAAAACAUUUAGCUGUAGCUUAGCAGCUUUAAAAAAGUAAACAUUAAAUUCCAUUUCAGUGUGCUGAAUCAACUGAAGCACCUGAACAAACAAAAAAACCUACAUCAGCUCCGGGUCCGAAAUGAAUGUGUUUUUUUUAUGAAAAAUAAUAUUAAAUGCUAUUGUUCUCACCUGUUUAAUGUGACUUCUGUUCAUGAAGUUCGCUGCUGAUCAUCUCUGUGUCGGGGCUGUACGAUGUGACUUUGAUCUUCACACAGGACUGCAGGCUCUCAUGUGUGAGGCGGGAGCGAUAUUUGGACUUUAUGAAGUUCAUGCUUGAGAAAACUUGCUCACUUAAGUAUGUUGAGCCAAAGACGGACAGGACUCCAAAUGCAUAUUUUUUCAUGUUCAUAUACGUUUCGGGAAUGGCACUCCAUGUGUCGAAAACAAAUUUGUCGGGUUUGGGGAGGUUUUCAAUAUCACUCCAUUUGUGCUCUUUAGCGAGAGUAGCCUUCUGACAGGCGACUUCUUCAAGAUCCGCUGUCAGGCAUUUGAACUUGGACACCCAUUAAUCUUUAUCUGCCAUGUCGUCCAGUUCAAUUUCUAGAUCGGGCUUACUUACUCACUCCUGUGAAUGCGGAUGUGUUCAGCAGGGAUGGGUCGAUGUCCAGGGGUGUGACAGGGAAGGAGAGAGUGUGUGUUUUUCCUUUCUGAACUCACUGAAUCUUUCUCUAAAUGCAGCUUGCAUUUUCUGAACAAUUUCCCGUUUGUUUUUAAAGUCGGAGAAUAGAUGCUCUGAUAUUUUUAUGAACGAUUCUUUCAUGUAUUCUCCGUCUGUGAACAGCUUACCCCUCCUUACGAUCUCUUGAGCUGCCACAAAACUAGCAGCUGUAGUUGACUGUGUAGAAGUGAUCCACUUUUUGAAAGUAUGUUUGCUCUGUUCAGCUUUCCGUUGCAGUUCCGAAAUUGCUCUCUUUCGCUUAUCUUCACUUGGGUAUUUUGAAUGCUGAGUGCUUGUUUCGAAAAUGUCUUUCAACGUUACAUUUUUUGUUGUUCGAUAAUUUAUCGCCACAUAUUAAGCACACCGGUAAGCCAGCGUCGUUGGCGGUGAAGGCAAAUGCUUCUGUCCACGCAGAAUUAAACUCUCUAAAUUAGAUGUUAAAAUGUAUAACAGUAGUAGUCGUAAAUAAACAUAUAUAUAAAUACAACUUAAAUUAAGAAAUUGCCAUUAUUCAUUUUCAUGUUUUUUUUUUUGUCAAGGCCAAAGGGAGCCACUACAAGGAGGCUGAAGAGCCGCAUGUGGCUCCAGAGCCGCGGGUUGCCGACCCCUGUCCUAAAUGUACACUAUACCAAAGCUGUAUAACAGUAAUGAAUUUCUCUUUUUGGGAUCACUGCAAUGCCUUUCUUCAGGAUGUAACAUAUGAAGUGUCUCCCACAGUCCUGGUUUUGUCAUUAAGCAAAACAGUUUAAGCCAGUAAUAAUCACUGUUUAUAUACAUAUAUAUAUAAAAGAAAAAAAUAUUUUUAGUUUUGUUGCAGAAUGUUUACAAUGGGAAUUUCUAAUUAGCUUAACUUGUGGUAAAUACUGAGUUUUGCUAAGGUGGUUUGUAGCUAUUAACAAGCUUAUGGGGGGAUGUGUGAUUAAUUUAGUUUUUUAAAUUUGUCAUUGCAAGCUCACUACAAGCGUCAUUACUGUUCUCACAUUUGGUAACCCUGACAUGCAGGUAUUGUUUAGUGUAACACCUAGCAAUCCAGCAACAUCCUGAUAUGGUUUUUUAAAUAAACUAAUAAUUAGACAACAUUGAGUAAAUCAUUGGACUGUCAUCAGUGCUGUCUUGCCUUUGUCUUAAAGGUCUUAGCAAAUAAAUGACCAUAUACAUGAUCUAAAAGUGAUUGUGUUUUAACAUAUAUGAAUUUAAAUUAAGGAAGAUUUUUCCCCAAAUUAUAUUGAACCUGUUCAAUAAUACAAUUUACUUUUAGGUACAGUUUUUAACAUGCUAACUGUGGUGGUGAUGAUAUGUAUUGUAGCACAUUGUGUAGCCAGUAAACUUGGUGGUUCAGCACUGUUUCAAAGUAUUAAUGCUGUUAUGUGAUCAGUGCUUCGUAGACUCUACCCCUUCAGAGGCCCUGCUGUUGAAUGCACUUUCACUAACUGUGGGCCUCGGCAUCAUUGUGAGAAAUUUGUAAUUUUUUUUUUUUUUAUUUAUUAAAAGUUAAUAACUCACCAUCUUUAUACAAGGAAAUUAUAUUUUAUUACGGUUGAUGUUGCUUGCCGAGUGCGAGCAGUUCUUACAAUAAAGUCAUUGUUUCUUAAA